GUCCCCAAGCAUUCAGCAAGAUCCCAAUCUCUUCACACAUAGAUUAUCAGGGUCAGAUGGUUGUUCUAGAGUAAAUAUUUAACCCAAAUUCCUGAUUGUUAACUAUACUAACAAGGAAGAGUCAUUGCUGAGGAAUAACAGCUACAAGAGACCGCUGGAGCUGCCAGAACAACACUGAGCAACCCAAAGUAACAUCAGCCAAGUCAGCUGUUCAGAGGCAGCCUGUCUCUGCGUCAAUGGGUGGAGCGACCGCUGGGUGAGAGAUCAUCUUGCAUGAAUUUGCAACAGCUGGAGGCACCCUGGUCAGAAAAUACUGGUCUAUUGCAUUGAAGGCCGCACAGUUUUUUUAGGAGAUCAAUGAAGACGGAAUAUAGCAUUGUCUGAAUAUUCAGCCUGAACACGAAGAUGAGUCAAGCUGCAGAUACCUGGAAACUGGUCAACGUAAAAGAGCAAACUUGGUACCAACACAGUUUAGUCUACAGGAAAUCCUUCCAACACCGCUUUAUGCAAAUAGAUGGUAGCUGUAAUGUCUACUUCAGAAGCAUCCUUGGAGAGUGGGAAAGCUAUGUUGUUGACAUUUUCACCACAUUGGUUGAUAUCAAAUGGCGCCAUAUGCUGAUCAUAUUCUCCUUAUCAUACGUCUUAUCAUGGCUGUUGUUUGGCUUGAUCUUCUGGAUUAUAGCUUUUCAGCAUGGUGAUCUCAGCAACAUGGACUUAACUCCUUGCAUUGACAAUGUGCACACAUUUGCAGGAGCGUUUCUAUUCUCUCUUGAAACACAGACAACCAUCGGCUACGGUAACCGCUGUGUCACGGAGGAGUGCUCACUGGCAAUUAUAUUGGUCACUAUACAAUCAGUAUUCAGCUGCAUAAUUGACACAUUCAUAAUAGGUGCUGCUAUGGCCAAGAUGGCUACUGCCCGGAAAAGGGCGCAGACUAUACGUUUCAGUUACUUUGCUCUUGUUGGUGUACGGGAUGAAAAACUGUGUCUUAUGUGGCGAAUUGGUGACUUCCGUUCCAAGCAUGUGGUUGAGGGCAAUGUGAGGGCCCAGCUCCUACGUUAUAAUGAAGAUCAUGAGAAAGGGAUUGUAAUGGAUUACAAAGAUCUUAAAUUGGUUAAUGAUCAAAUCAUAUUGGUCACACCAGUUACUGUUGUCCAUGUUAUUGACCAGGAUAGUCCUUUAUAUGCUCUAGAUCGAAAAGCAUUAGCUUCAGACAGAUUUGAAAUCUUGGUUACCUUUGUAUAUACAGGGGAUUCCACUGGAACAUCCCAUCAGUCCCGAACAUCCUACUUGCCCCGUGAAAUCCUUUGGGGCUUCAGAUUCAACAAUAUCUUGGAGGCAAAGAAAAAAUAUUAUAAAGUUGAUUGUGAGCAGUUUGAGGAAAUAACAGAAUACUAUGCCCCAUUUUGCAGUGCAAAGCAGCUGGACAUCAAUAACAUGCCUGCAAGUCCUUGUACUAGCUCCAAGUCUAAUGGCUUAUCUAACGUUUCCCCUACAAGACAUAAAACUAAUGUCUUAUCCACUGUUGAGUCUAGCAGCUCAAUGAACAAUGCCUUACAUAAUGCUUCAUCAAACCCUUCAUUAUCCAAUGACUUACUCAACAUUGCAUAUAUAAGUUCUAUGCCCAAUGGGUUAUCCAGCAUGUCCAGAAGCAUUACCACUGUGUCCUCACUAGAUACUACAGACAGCAACUAUGAAGACCAUGUGGACCCUAACCAAAAUUUACAAGACACUGAAGGCAUUUCCUACCAAAAAGUAUUUAAGACUUUAAGCAAAAUGUCAUUAGAUUCCUAAAUGAAGAGGAUCAUUCAUUACACUGUAGUAAUGCUUAAAUUAAUUCUGGAACAGUAACUCUGAGAUGCACCUGCUUAGACAAAGUAUGCACCCAAGACAUUUUCUGUCUAGGUGACACUAAUGCCACCUUAUUAGCAAUAAAAACUGUUUUAGAAAAAUAACUAAAUAAAUCAUUACAAAAUGUCGUGAAAAUU